AUGGCAUCAGACCGCGGAAGGGUGGCGUGGUUUGAGGAUGCGGCUCCCGGCCUUCUUACAAACAGGACGAUACGGGCGUUCCUGGAACAGUACUCGCAGCACCUGUGGCCCGACGUUGUCAAGUUAAUGCUGAUUCACGGCAUUGUAUCGGUUCAGGCACAGUUUCCCGGCCAGAGCCUCAGCCCACAGCAAUUGCGCACUGUCGUGGAACAGGGAGCGGCAUCUGCGGUGGUCGAACGCACGCUACCGCGCUUGCAGCGGCAGGUGCUCGACCUCCAGCAGCGCCUGGAUGGUGUUUAUGAUGACCUGGACGUCGCAGCUGAG